AUGGACGCGCCCAAAAGUCUCUUGGCUCUUGCCCUUCGCCGCAAGCGGCCGGCAAUUAACGCGUUGGGUCGCAUCGCCACAACUCUGCCGAAUGUUGUCUAUCAAACCGUAACAAGCCACAAAAAUGAACUGCCACCAUCUCGGGUCUCGUACGUCUUCCUCCUCACAACAGACUCUCGAGACGGAUCGGCUGGAGCACGCCUCUCCAUUUCAGUACCAGGCAAGCUCUUGGAGUGA